UCAUUUCCGCUGGGUUCACCCGCUAAGGGUUGAAGCAAGGGGUCGAAGCUGUAUCCCAGGAUAUCUUUGAAUAAUUUUAUUUUCGCUUAAAAGCGUGCAGACACCAUGACUUUCGAUGUGCGGAGGUUUGAUAUAUACAGGAAGGUGCCUAAAGACCUCACCCAGCCCACAUACACUGGAGCCUUCAUCUCGAUCUGCUGCUGUGUCUUCAUGCUCUUCCUCUUCCUCUCCGAGCUGACGGGAUUUAUAGCCACAGAAAUCGUAAAUGAACUGUAUGUGGAUGAUCCAGAUAAAGACAGUGGAGGGAAGAUUGAAGUGAGUUUAAACAUCAGUUUGCCAAACUUACACUGUGAUUUGGUGGGGUUGGACAUCCAAGAUGAAAUGGGACGUCAUGAAGUUGGCCACAUUGAAAACUCCAUGAAGGUGCCACUCAACAAUGGUUAUGGUUGUCGCUUUGAGGGUGAAUUCAGCAUUAAUAAAGUUCCCGGAAACUUCCACGUCUCCACACACAGUGCCACAGCGCAGCCACAGAACCCUGACAUGACCCACAUCAUUCAUAAACUCGCCUUCGGGGACAAGCUUCAGGUGCAAAAUGUCCAAGGUGCUUUCAACGCCCUCGGUGGGGCCAACAGACUGGAGUCUAAUGCAUUGGCCUCCCAUGAUUACAUCCUCAAGAUCGUUCCCACUGUGUAUGAGGACUUAUCAGGAAAGCAGAAGUUCUCCUACCAGUACACUGUAGCCAACAAGGAAUAUGUAGCUUACAGUCACACAGGGCGCAUCAUCCCAGCAAUUUGGUUCCGUUAUGAUCUGAGUCCAAUCACAGUGAAAUACACAGAGAGGAGGCAACCUUUCUACCGUUUCAUCACAACUAUCUGUGCCAUUAUCGGUGGGACUUUUACAGUAGCUGGCAUCAUUGACUCCUGUAUAUUCACAGCUUCUGAGGCAUGGAAGAAAAUCCAACUAGGAAAGAUGUCCUGAGUGACGACGUCAUUUACUAGACAUCUUAUUUAUACGCCGCUGACUGUCCACACCUGCCCUGGUAUUCCACUACGAAUCAUGAGUUCCCUUUAAGAAAUGGUUUUUUUUUUUUUUACAUUAUUCUGUUUCAAACCAUCUGGUUAGCGAAAUAUUGUCAACAUGGCUAUUGCACGGGUCAGAGAGGAAAUAUUACCUAGAUUAGAAUGCAGUUUUUUUUUUUAACUGUAUUUUUCUCAUCUUUUCUAUAAUUGUAGCUUAAUUGUAUUUUUGUAAAUUGCACAGUGUGAAGUUCUGCACAGUUCCCUUCCAUUAAUAUGUAUCUUACAGAAGGCCAUCAGAAGUACUACUUCUUGGUAAUUCCUGUAUACUACAUAGAUGUUUUUGCAAAACUGGUAACUUGCCAUAUUUGUGCAGCAUAACCUGUGCAAGUUUCCAGUAUGUCAAACAAUGUAAGAAUCACCGAAGUUGUUAUACUGUAUUGAAGCUAGAGUUCUGUACAUUACCCAGGAUUUCUAGGCUUCUUUUGUUAAUUGCACAAAGAUAAAGGAGAUGGUGUUAGCCUACAUUAACUAUUUGUGGGUGAUGUAUUGAAUUUCAUGUCCUGACCUUGUUCAAUGUCCAUAUUAUGUUAGUGUUUACUUUGUGACACAAAUGGCCUAUUGUGCCUUAGUGUUUUAAAUUGACAGACCUCAUUGGGUGGAGGUAAACUUGUUCCAGAUAUGUUUUAUAGAUGGUUGGUUUGUCAGCGAGAGGAUAAAACUAGCUUCGAUGGUAGCUUACUUUGUAGUCGUUUUAAAAAUUUAAGUUGGUCAUUCGUCGGGAGGGAAUCGUUUUUACCCACCCAAGGAUUUUAAAUGAAGUUUAAGUAUGGAUAUUAUUUUGUAAUGUUUUGUCCCUGGGUUUUAUCAUCUAUUCAGUCUAUGCUGUUUACAAUACCUGUAUGGUGAAAGUAGCUUAUGUCAUUUGUUUACUGCCUGCCACGGGACGAGCUGGAACAAAGAAGUAACUGCUCUGAUCAAUAGAAAUCCAUAGUAAAGUGGGUAGUGUGUUUACUUAUGGUAUGUAGCAGUGUUUCGGAAGCACAUAUGACAACUUGGGUAUAUACACUGCCUGCCCCUCCCCCCCCAAAAAAGGUGGCUUUUGGAUUUAAAUAAGCAAAUCUGUAAGCGCCUUUUUGAUUUGGAUAAUUACUGCAGUGAUGACUGACUGUUUCAGCUGGCAACAGUUCUUUUAACCCUAACUGAUGCAGUGAGUAGCUUCUCCUUGCUUCAACAACCAUGUCAGAAGAUGGAUCCUGUGCUCAUGAAAAAGAUGUUACUGUGCUUCAAAAGGGUCAAAUUCUUGGCCUCUGUCAAGCAAAGAAAACUAGAGAGAUGACUGGAAUGGUUGGGGGGGGGAAGAUCCAGGAUCAGAGAUCACAUAAAUGCUUGAAGUCAAAUUGUAAAAGCAAAAAACCAAUAGAACUCUUAACUACUGAACACAGCUAAGAGCAUUUCCACACUCACGAUGCGAUGAGAACUCAAACAGCUGUGUGGUCAUAAAACAAAAAAAAUCACAUUUGUGAGACUAAUCAGGAGAAAAGGCUUCAAUUUGCUAGGGAGUAUAAAGCCUGGACGCUGGAGUAUAGGAAAAGGUCAUGUGGUCCGAAGAGUACAGAUUUACCCAAUUCCAGAGUGAUUGGUGCAUCAGGGUAAGAAGGGAAAUGCAUGAAGCAAUGCACCCAUCAUGCAUAGUGGCCACUGUACAAGUCUCUGGAGGCAGUGUUAUGACCUGGGGUUGCUUCAGUUGGUCAGGUCAAGGCUCAGCAAUGCUAUGGGGCAAUAAAAUGAAGUCGGCCGAUGACCUGAUUGACCAAGUUAUCACAUCAAUAGAUUUUUUUUUAAAUCUUUCCUAAUGGCUCAGGCAUAAAAUUAGGGCUCAGAUUGUGAAAGAGUGGUUCAGGAAGUAUGAGGAAUCAUUUUCACACAUGAAUUAAUUACCACAGGGUCCUGACCUUAGUCCUACCGAGACGCUUUGGGAUGUGCUGGAGAAGACUUUAUGCAGAGGUUCAACUCUCCCAUCAUCAGUACAAGAUCUUGGUGAAAAUUUAAUACAGCUCUGGACUGGAAUAAAUAAUGUGACAUUGCAUAAGUUUAUCAAAGCUAAAGGUGGUCCAACUGAAUAUUAGCGCAUGUGACUUUUUUUUGGGGGGGGGGGGGGCAGGGCAGUGUAUUUUAAAAAGGUUGGAAAAUCAUAACCACUCUUCAUUCAGUAGUCGGUACAACCAAACUAAAACAUGGGAAGGUACAUAUGACACUAGUAUACAUUUAAUUAGGGCCGGAAAAGUUUUUCUGAAACACAAAAACAAAUGACCAUGGUGGAAAUUAAAUUAACUGUAUGCUGUUAUGUGGACUUUUGCUCCUGUGCUCAGAUAAAAUCACAACCUUCUAUCAUCCCAGUGUGUUCAGGUCAUCCGUGUUACUGGACCACUACUUCAUAUUCCUUUUUAAUUCACAGUGAAUCAUUUGUAAAGGUCACAAGAACACAAAAAUAAAAUUCAUCAUUGUUAUAACA